AUGGAUCACACCAAUUACCUCACCAAUCCGCUGGGAAACAACCUCGUCCCAGCCGCCGGAGACCAUCUCGAUGACCAUGUGAGAAUGGAAGAUCACAUCCAGCUCCACCACCACCAUCAUCAACACCAAAUUUCGUACGAUUCCGUUUGGCCAAACUUCCCUCUCCAACUACAUCAUCAAGUGCCAUCGUCAUCCACUUCUCACCUUCAUUAUGAUCAGUUUGGUCAUCACGAUCACGAUCAUCAUCAUCAACUGCUUUUACCUGGGAUCUAUAAUAACUUUAUGGAUCAAGAAGAUAUUCAUCUUGAAGAGGAUCCCGAAGAGGAAGAGGAGCUGGGAGCUAUGAAGGAAAUGAUGUACAAGAUCGCCGCGAUGCAACCAGUGGAUAUUGAUCCUGCCACAAUCCGAAGGCCGAAGAGGAGGAACGUCCGAAUCAGCGACGAUCCGCAAAGCGUGGCUGCGCGUCACCGGCGGGAGAGGAUUAGCGAGAAGAUCCGGAUCCUGCAAAGACUUGUUCCGGGGGGAACGAAAAUGGACACUGCUUCGAUGUUAGACGAAGCCAUUCGCUAUGUCAAGUUCUUGAAGAGACAAAUUCGCUUGCUACAACAAUCCAAUCAAUAUCAUCCUCAACAACAAUGCCUUAAUGUUAACACCGGAGUACUUAGUACACCAACUACAAGUAAUGCUGCAGCCUUAGCUGGUGGUGGAGGGGCAUUGGAUUGGCUGCCACCACCUAUUCCGUCUUCUGGCACCUCCUCUUCGACAGACACUCCGACAACCAGAGCAGGGCUUGGAUACACCGCCUUUGGAGGUAGCAGGGUGGAAAUUGCAGCUUUGAGCUUCAAUCAUGAGGUACUUGGUGAUUAA